UCACACAGAGAGUUGUCUCGCCAAAGGAGAGGGAAAAUGUCAUUGUCUUUUUCUCCUGUUCAUGUUCUCACCAUUUAUCAUACGGAAUAAAAACGUUGUUAAACUGGGAUUUUCUUCAAUCUGAAUUCAGUAAAACAGAUUUAAUCUCAGACUGAUUCUUCUUGUGGGACUAGUUCUAUUAGGAUCCUACUAGUUGUCUGGUGUGGAUAUAAUACCAGUCUGUCUCUGAGAUGGGGUCCAGAACUCUUCUACUUGUUCUGGGUCUUCAUUUCACUCUACUGGGGAACAUAGAGGCCAGAGAUUGCGGCCUGGGCUUCAUUGCCAAUGGGAGACAACAAUGUGAUGAUAUAGAUGAGUGUAAAGAGUGGGACAGUACCCCACCCUGUGGAAGUAAUGCUACGUGUUCCAACACAUAUGGAAGCUUCUACUGUCACUGUCUACCUGGGUUCAGAUCCACAACGUCUUUCAAGUUUACUCCUUUCGCUGGGGAGUGUAAGGACCUCAAUGAGUGCCUGGAGAACCCACAGGUUUGUGGCAGCAACACCAUUUGCCUCAACACCAUCGGGAGCUUCAACUGCCAAUGUCAACCUGGGUUCAGAGUUACUAACGCUGGACACUGUGCAGAUGAGGAUGAGUGUGUGUGGGUUCCCCCGGUGUGUGGCGCUCUGGGCAUGUGCACAAACACACCUGGCCGAUACACCUGCACCUGUCCGCCAGGGCUCAGUAACCACGGCAACAACACUGCCCCCUGCACAGACAUAGAUGAGUGUAAUGAGAUCGCUGGUAUCUGUGGAGUGGGCGGGGACUGCCAGAACCAGAAAGGAAGCUACAGUUGCCUCUGUCACCCUGGAUACAGUAACUACGACAACAAACAGGCUCAGUGCUCAGUACUGACCUGUGACCAGUUCAAAGCGAAUGAGACUCCUGGACAGAAUGUCCCAGGUUUAGCUGGUCUCCUGUCUCUGAUGAGGAAAAGCUGUCUGGCAUUAAGUAGCUCUGGGGAAGCAGCCGGAGGGAGACUGACUGGAGAGGUGUUACUGGAGAAUGUCUUCACGGAGAUGGACGGCCUCUUGUCUCACGCUAUCCUAAACAACAGCCGGGAGGUGAGUGGGUUGCUAGGCACCGUGGAGGACGCCAUGAGGUUCAUCGGGCCGCAGCUCAGAGAUACCCACACCACCAUGGAGACAGACCACACAGCGACUGAGCUUGCAGUGAGGAGGGGACAGACUCCGCCCACUGGGCCAAUCAGCCUGGCCAAUGACAACGCGCGGCUGGACACCAGCUGGGAGACAGCCACCGGCAACGGGACAUACCCGGUAGGAUACUCUUCAUCAUCAUCAUCAUCUCUAUAA